GUACGUGGGGAACCUGUCAAGAGAUGUGACCGAAGCUCUAAUCCUCCAGCUGUUCAGCCAGAUCGGACCAUGCAAAAACUGCAAGAUGAUCAUGGAUACAGCUGGAAAUGAUCCGUACUGUUUUGUGGAGUUCUAUGAGCACCGGCACGCAGCUGCGGCCCUGGCUGCUAUGAAUGGCCGGAAGAUAAUGGGUAAGGAGGUCAAAGUGAACUGGGCGACGACCCCCAGCAGCCAGAAGAAAGACACCAGCAGUAGUACCGUUGUCAACACACAGCGUUCACAAGACCAUUUCCAUGUCUUUGUCGGAGACCUCAGUCCAGAAAUCACCACUGAAGAUAUAAAAGCAGCUUUUGCGCCGUUCGGAAGAAUAUCAGACGCCCGCGUGGUGAAGGACAUGGCGACGGGAAAAUCCAAGGGCUACGGCUUCGUCUCCUUCUUCAACAAAUGGGACGCGGAGAACGCCAUCCAGCAGAUGGGCGGGCAGUGGCUCCGCGGGGGGCUCAUGCGCCAGACCUUUUCCCCCUUCGGGCAGAUCAUGGAGAUCCGAGUCUUCCCGGAUAAAGGCUACUCCUUUGUACGGUAG